UUCCACUGUUUUAUUUACUCUUACACCCUCUCUCUUCUCUCUCUAUCUAUAUCUUCUCAUCUUAUUUUUACUUUCUUUCCCUAGCUUUCUUUCACUUUUCAGAGGAAGAGGUGACGCCGAUCCUCAAAGACCCAGAUCCAUAUCUGUUUUCUUCUGAACUGAGGAUGCAGGACCAAACAGAAGGCCAUCUGAAAAAGUAGUGGGUGGAAGCAGGGAGGAGUAGGGAAAAACCCCCACUUUGGAGCAUUUGGCAUCCGUGCCAGUCCGAGAUCUGGCUACUCUUUCUUCCUCCGAGGAAAGGAAACAAUAAUUAGAGUGCUGCAGCUAUUUACUCUGAGAGAGAGAGAGAGAGAGAUAGAGAGAGAGAGAGAGCCAAGGCCAAGCAAAAAGAAGGAGAGAAGGGGGUCCAUCUUACAGACUCAACUUGUAGGCCAGCAAGAACUACAUGUCUUUGUGAGAGAGAGAGCGAGCGAAAGAAAGGUGAAGGGAAAAUAAAGGCCAUGCGGCGGCUGGUAGGUAUGUCCAAAUGAAAGGACGAGGAUCCUAUAAACUGCCCUGUUAUACUUGCUCAUGAUAUCCUUUUCUUUUAUCUCUUUUGUUUCCUUUUAGCUUCCAAUCUUCUUAAGGAGUUGUUCAUGGACGGCAACAGUUUUGAUGGGGGAAGAGACUGUUUGUUUACUUUUAGCCUGCCCUUGGAAGCACUAACUCUUCUAGUGGUGUGCCCUUCAGAAGGUCUUUUACUCAUCGUCUUGGCAAGCCCCUGGGUUCCAGGUUUUUGAUACCAUCUUCUUCAGAGACGGCUCGGGCCAUCUGCUCUUCCAAAACCGGUUAUAAGGGAGAGUUUCUUUUAAUUACUGGAGAACAAGAUGGCGCAUCACCCACAAGAGAAGCCAGGGACUCAAAUCUCUCCAGCUUUCGGCUACAUCGAUUUCUCCUCCACCGGCAACUCCAAUAUCCAGAGCUUCGAGUCCAACCAGGAGCUGUACAGCCUCCGGGCCGGGAUGGAGAUGCUGGGGAGAGGCUUCAUCCCCAAGGUUGGCGGCAGCUCCUCCGGCAUCGGUGGAGGGUUCUGCCAAUCAUCCAACGAGAAUCUUAUGGUCUCGGCCGAGACUGCGGGGACAACGACGACGGUGAAUUCGUGGCAGCAUCCGAAUCGGAUGCUGGUUGAAGAUCCCUCGCUGAGGUGUCUAUUCCCGAAUGUUGCGAACCAGCAGCCGAUCCGGGGGCUGUCCCUGUCCCUGUGCAACCCCGAGCCCUCCGAGUCUAUAGCCGGCAUGGAACAGCCCAUCCUUCAGCAGCACCUCCCCACCAAUUCAACAGACGAAUUGUUCCCAAAAUCCGCAGCCUUACUUCAAGACAGGAGGUUUUUCCAGCAAUCCUAUCAGCAACCACGACAGCUAAAGAGCUCCAAGUUCUUGAUUCCAGCACAAGAACUACUCAACGAGUUCUGUAGUCUAGGUGGGGCAGGCAACUCCUCGAAGCAAAAGUCCUAUAAAGCAAACCAAUGGGAGGAAGGAGGGUCUUCUUCCAACUCUUCACGUAAUCAAUCCCUCUACUCUUCUGACGUUCUUGAGCUGCAAAAGAGGAAGGCUAAGCUUUUGUCAAUGCUAGAAGAGGUGGAUAUGAGGUACAAGAAAUACUGUGAGCAAAUGAGGGCUGUUGUCUCGUCAUUUGAGGCGGUGGCCGGGGAAGGGGCAGCUUCGGUUUACUCGAUGCUGGCAUCCAAGGCCAUGUCGAAGCACUUCCGAUGUCUCAAGGAUGGGAUAGUGGGUCAGAUCCGGGCGAUAAAGAAGGCUAUGGGAGAGAAGGACCCGGUCGCACCAGGGACGAUCAGAGGUGAGACCCCAAGGCUCAAGCUGAUCGAUCAGUGCCUCCGACAGCAGAAAGCAUUUCAACAGGCCGGAACGAUGGAGAGCUGUCCAUGGCGGCCCCAGCGGGGCCUCCCGGAGUGCUCCGUGUCGAUCCUUCGAGCAUGGCUCUUCGAGCAUUUUCUUCACCCGUACCCCAGCGACGUUGAUAAGCAUAUAUUAGCUCGGCAAACUGGACUCUCCAGAAGCCAGGUUUCUAACUGGUUCAUAAACGCAAGGGUUAGGCUAUGGAAACCAAUGGUGGAAGAAAUGUACUCGGAAGAAAUAAAGGAGCAGGACAAACAGACCUCCCAAGAGGAGAACAACGGUCACAACAACUGCCGGCCUGGAGAGCUACAGUCAAAACGAAACCCUAACCCUAAUUCUAGCUCCCUGCAGCUGCAUGCGGAGGACCAAAAGCCCACACCUGGGGAGCUCCUCAACUGCUCAGACUCCCUCUCCUCCAUCGUCAACAGCAGCCACCACUGUACCAACGGAAGGGAUCCCACAGACGGCAAGAGUUCCUUCCACGACCCUCGGCAACACCACCCGGUCCCCAGGGCCGAGAACUUUGGUGUGAUGGACUUGGACUUCACUUCCUAUGGUGAGUGCAGCAACCAGAACUUUGGAGACGGUGUCUCGCUAACUCUGGGUUUGCAGCAGCACAAUGAAGGGGCCAUGAGCCUGUCGUUCUCGCCGGCCUCUCAGCACUCUCUCUUCUUCUCCAGAGCGCAGAUGGAGGACUGCCAACCGGGUCAGUUCUCUAUAUUAGACGGGGAGGCUCAGAACCUUCCCUACAGAAACCUGAUGGGAGCUCAGCUGCUGCAUGACUUGGCUGGGUAGAAAAAAAGGUGAGGGGGGAGGUCUCCUUGUGGAGGUUAAGGACAGGGACAUGGUAACGGAAGUGGGGAUAUGGUAUACUGGGUUCGUUGGUAUAUUAUUUUGGGCAGGUUGGAUAAAAUAGGUAGAUGUGUACUAUAACGUAAGUUUUGGCCCUCAGUAGAAGGUGGCAUAUGGACAAAUAGACAAUGUUAUGGCAUUAAUAGAGCAGAAACGCUGUCAUUAUUUGGUGCAGGAAAAUACAUAUACGAUUUUGUGGAGUCCUUAGAUGCAGACAGUUCUUCCAGUGCUGCAGUACAUGGAAUAACUUCCUCAGCUUGUCGGGUAAA